AAAAGCAGCUCGGCUCACUCUGCCUCCUCUAGUGACCGGCUGUGCACAGGGUCCUUCCGAGGAGCCAUCUCCUCUUCUCCUCCCCGCCAGCCGCCGGGGGGGCCGCCAGCACCAUGUGGGUCACCCAACUCCUGCCAGCCUUGCUGCUCCAUCAGCUGCUGCUGCUUCCCAUCACCGUCCCUGUGGCAGAGGGUAAAGGAAAAAGGAGAAAUCCUCUUCAUGACUUCAAAAAAACAGGAGAGUUGAUGCUCAUUAAAGUAAACAAAACACUGGAAGUAAAAACCAAGCUGUUAAAUACCACUGAGCAAUGUGCCAAGAGAUGCAGCAGGAACAAAGGCCUUUCAUUCACUUGCAAGGCCUUUGCUUAUGACAGAGUUACAAAACGGUGCCAUUGGUUAUCCUUCAACAGCUUGACAAAUGGUGUGAGAAAGAAGCAAGACCAUGCGUUUGAUCUGUAUGAAAAGAAGGACUAUGUCAGAAAUUGUAUCAUUGGAAAAGGAGCAGAUUACAAAGGAACGAUAUCUGUUACCAAAAGUGGUAUCCAGUGUCAAGCUUGGAAUUCAAUGAUCCCCCAUGAGCACAGCUUUUUGCCUUCGAGCUAUCGGGGUAAAGACCUGCGGGAAAACUACUGCCGAAACCCCCGAGGGGAAGAGGGAGGGCCGUGGUGUUUCACCACCAGUCCAGAGACGCGCCAUGAAGUCUGCGACAUCCCCCUCUGUUCACAAGUGGAAUGCAUGACCUGCAAUGGAGAGAGUUACAGAGGGCCAAUGGAUCACACUGAGACAGGCAAGGAGUGUCAGCGCUGGGAUCUUCAGAGACCACACAAGCACAAAUUUCGUCCAGAGAGAUAUCCUGACAAGGGCUUUGAUGAUAAUUACUGCCGCAAUCCCGAUGGCAAGCUGAGACCAUGGUGCUACACUCUUGACCCUAACACCCCCUGGGAGUUCUGUGCAAUUAAAACGUGUGAUGAAAGUGUCGUGAACAACACAGAGGCAGCAGCCGAGACAUCAACUUGCAUUCAGGGGCAGGGUGAGGGUUACCGCGGCACAGUCAACACCAUAUGGAGUGGAAUCCAGUGCCAGCGAUGGGACUCCCAGUUUCCUCACCAGCACAACAUCACUCCUGAGAACUUCAAGUGCAAGGAUUUGAGGGAGAACUACUGCCGAAAUCCAGAUGGAUCUGAAUCACCUUGGUGUUUUACCACUGACCCAAACAUCCGUAUUGGUUAUUGCUCCCAGAUUCCUAAGUGUGAUGUAUCAAAUGAACAAGAUUGUUAUCGUGGCAAUGGCAAAAGUUACAUGGGGAAUCUAUCCAAGACAAGAUUUGGGCUAACUUGCUCCACAUGGGACAAGAAUAUUGAAGACUUACGUAGGCAUAUACAAAUAUUCAGAGAACCAGAUGUUAGUAAACUGAAGAAAAACUAUUGCCGCAAUCCAGAUGAUGAUUUUCAUGGUCCCUGGUGUUAUACAGAUGAUCCUCUCGUUCCCUGGGAUUACUGCCCUAUUUCUCGAUGUGAAGGUGAUACAACUCCUACUACGGCCAGCUUGGAUGAUACUGUCAUUCCUUGUGCCUCAACAAAACAUUUGAGAGUUGUAAAUGGAAUCCCAACACAAACUAACGAAGGAUGGGUGGUUAGUUUGACAUACAGGAAUAAGCAUAUCUGUGGAGGUACUUUGAUAAAGGAAGAGUGGGUUCUAACAGCAAGGCAGUGCUUCCCUUCUCGGUACAAAGAUUUGAAAGACUACAAAGCCUGGCUUGGAGUCCAUAAUAUCAAAGGAAAGGGAGAGGAGAAGCACAGACAAGUUCUGAAUAUCUCCCAGUUGGUUUAUGGCCCUGCAGGGUCAGAUUUGGUCUUACUGAAACUCAGCAGACCUGCCAUAUUGACAAAUUUUGUAGAAAUAAUCCGAUUGCCCAUUUCUGGAUGUACCAUUCCAGAGAAGACCACUUGCAGUGUUUAUGGAUGGGGAUACACUGGAUUAGUUAACUAUGAUGGCCUUCUGCGGGUAGCAAACCUGUUUAUUUUGGGAAAUGAGAAAUGCAACCAAUAUCUCAAAGGGAAGAUCACCGUGAAUGAGUCAGAAAUCUGUGCUGUGGCUGAAACCGUCGGUGCUGGGCCUUGUGAGCGAGAUUAUGGUGGUCCCUUGGUUUGUGAACAAAACAGGCUGAAGAUAGUAGUUGGUGUCAUUGUUCCUGGCCGUGGAUGUGCCAUUCGAAAUCGUCCUGGGAUUUUUGUUCGGGUCUCAUAUUACUCUCGGUGGAUACACAAGAUUAUGAUGACCUACAGAAAACCCUGAAAAACUCAACAACUUCAAUUCAAAGAAAGACUUUGGACAGCAUGGAUUUAAUGUGUAAUGUAAAGAUCAACAGUUUUUUAACUACUUGAUAGUCAAGUUUUUUGAGCUUCUUUUAAUAUUUAUGGGUGUUUUUGGUGUUUUUGUCUAUCAGUGUUGUUUUAUAAAUGUUGGAGUGACUUACAGUAUAUGCAAGUAUGGUGACAUAUCUCCUGAAGAUACUUGAAUGGGUAAACAAUUUUGCAAAGAUAUUAUUACUGGAUGAUAAAUGGUUUUGUAGAAAUAGAUCAUAUGACCUCUUUUAUGCUGCUCUUCAGAUUAUCUUAGAAGGAGAAACAAAUUAUUGUUUUAUUUAACACAUCUUAUUCUUUCUAUGAGCCAUAUAUUUCUCUUCAUAUAUGACAAAAGACCUACUGAGAGAUAGAUACAUCUGUCAAGGACAGCAUAUAUGAUCAUAUUUCUCUUUCCCCCUUAUAAGAGGUCAAAGAUUUCAAUACUUCAUUAAAAAAUAGUCUCCUUAGAAAUUAAUCUUUUCAUUAUUGAUGGACUUUGACAAGCCUGCCAUAAGCAGAGUUCUCAUAGAAGUCAAUAACACUUCCUUUAACGCAGUGCUUAUAGACUCUAGUUCUGCACUUAGUUCCUUCAGUGUGUAUGUGGUCCCCUAAGAGAUAUCUCAAAAACACUUUUGGAUGAAGGAAGAGACAUGGAAGUGGAUUCGUUAGCAAACUAUGGAUCAUUUAUUUAAAGUUUGUCCCAGAAAUAAUAGUGAAUUUACAAUGGUAAAGAGAGUAUUUAAUACAGUUUGAAAAAUUAACCCUGAUUAGCUACUGGCAGACUUUGGCCAUUAAAAGAAAUUUCAAUCAAAUAUGCCCAAAUUUUUCUCAACAGACAAGUGCUAAAAAUUCAGUUGAUUCUAGUUAUUUCAUGAAAGUAACUCUGUACUUACAGCAGGAAAAAGAACAGUUGAAUCUGGCACCUGGCUGAGAGACUUAAUACUGGGAAAAAUAAGUUAUACAUUAAUAGUCUUUCAGAGACCUGAGAUCUUUCAUAAAACCGUACCUAGAUUUGGAGAAAAUUAUAUCCUUUGUAUAAUUCCUUUCAGGGUAAUAAAAUUAUUGCAGAGAUUGAUAUGAUCUUGUAUGUAAUAUGGAAAACAUCACCAAUAGUUUAGUAGCUUGUGUUUCGUGCCUGUAUGUAGAACCAUCAUAUUCCUUUAUGUUGAUGGGAAAAGGGAACAAAUAAUCGGCAUCUAUGAAAAGCGCUUGUUCUCCUUUAGGCAUUUAGUUGUAUGGCUGGAAGUAUUAUACAAAUACGUUGUUAUAGUUGGCACCAGUUACCCUGUAAUUUCUCAAAAAUUGAUAGAACAUAUAUCCAAUUGUUAGUUUUACUACUGUACAUGUAAUUUCAUAAGUAACUGCACUGUUACUUCACUUGUGACUAUGUAAUUGUAUAUGUUUCCAGUAGCAAAUUGUAUAGUUCGCGUAUCAUAUUUAACUGCAUAGCCGCUAAGCUGACAUCGUGGUGUAGACACAUAAAAGGACAUUUCGUUCAGAAGACGCAGGGUUGAAUUCUGCCCUGGCAGAGAGUAACCAGUUCUGGGGAGCUGUCAUAGGAGGCAGCCCUCAUUUUGGCUCACCAAAUUAUUUUCUUCAGCAGUGCACUUUGACUUCAGUGGGACUCGAGUAUGCUUAAAUCUCCUGGUGAACUGGGAUGAGUUUCAGCCCAUGCUUAAGUGGCUUGGCUUGCUGAGAUUUGUGUCAAGCAUCCAGCAGAUUCUACUGGCACAUAGGAAGAAGUCUUUCAGUAAGCAGAGCUUCUGAAAUUCCUCCUGAUGUAAAUAGUCUCUUUGGACGAGAUGCGACUUCUCUGUACAGCGGAUCUGAGGUUGUGGAUGCUACGCAGGUAGUCUGUCUUGAUCUAUUCUGGCUGCCUCUGAAGGCUUUAUGCUUCUUUUGGUCUCUCUUACUUACCAGGCCUAAAGAGGGCAGGAUUUAGCCUGUUGUAUUUACAGUUAAUUGUUGCCAUGUAUGUGAAGAGUGUAUUCUUACUCAGUAUAUACUGACCAUAUCUUAUUGAAAGGAUUAACUUUUUAAGAGAGACUUUUAAAAAACUCCGAGUGAGUUUUGAACUCAGUCACAAGUAGAAUGUGGAUAAAACAUAUAAUUCCAUGUUCACUUUUUGUAUUCUAAGAAUUGUUAUGUGCUCACUGUAUUAUAUUUGCAGGCAUUUUGUUAUGUCUAUCUAAAAAAAUCAAAUCCUAAAAUAUUUUAGUUACAAGCUUCUGCUGUGCAGAAGACUGAUUUUUAUAUAUAUAUAUACACAUAUAUAUAUAUAUGAUAAAAAUACUGUUUUUUGUUAGACAACGUGUAAGGAUUUUUACCUGUUUGUUCUGGGCAGCGCCUCAGUAAAAUAAACUGCGCAGAGUUGAUGCUCCAGAACUUAACAUGUUUGUAUGUACUUGCUUAUCAGGUGCUCUUGCUCUCCCUGUCUCAGUAUGGAGGGCACGUGAGACUCUGAAGAGCAAGGGAAGAGAAGAAUAAUGAUAUGUGGUAAUGAAUUUGUACUUCAUUUAUUCCUGUGAAUAUUUCUUGUUGGUACCAAUGGUACCGUACCAGGCAACUGUUAUAACUACAGGAUUCUCUUAAGAAAGGACACUCUACAGAUAUUUUUUCACUGUUCUAACAUUUUUCUCUCUGUAAUAACAAGAGAACCUGAUCUAGUGCCCAUCUAAAUUGCAGGAAAACUCUUACUAACUUCAGCAAGAUCUGGACUUCAUUUUGUAGAUGUGAUUUUGUUCAUAUUAGAAUUAAAGGGUACAGAACUUAAAUUCUUAUCUAAGGACACUCUUAAGCUUCAUUGAAUUUCAUCUUCAUUCUCCUUGCUGUAACUAAUUCUUGGUCUCUGAAAAAUGUAAUAACUGGAUAUAAAAUUUUGGAAUUAAAACCUAAAAGCUGAUUUUGUUCUACUGAAGUUAGUUUGACUUAAUUACUGAUUUUCCUUGGGCAUUGGAACUGGCUGACGCUUUUUUGUUUCAUUAAUGAAAACAUUCUUCCCUUAAAAAAGCUUUUUUCCCUGUCUCUUUUUCUCUCAUAAACCUCAUGACCCUCAGAGAAACUGUAGCUCUCAUUGGGAAUGUACUGGUCUAGAUUUUUGCUGCUACUGCUGAAAUCUUCUUUAGUUUAAGAUUAAAAUUCUCUGAGGCAUUCUGCAAACCCUUGCUGCAGGUAAUGCCAAUGUACUUGACAGAGCUACUCAUUUGAGUCAGAGCUUUUCAGACGAGGGUCCAAAUAUAUCUCUGAGGGUCAAAAUCUACUCAGGCGAAAUGUCCCUUGAAAUCAGUGAAUGUGAUUGUCAAAAUAGCGGGGGCUGAAAGUUGCUCAGUGCUUUUCCCUAUGGCCGUGCACUGAACUACAUGCAUCCCUGUACACUGAAGAGCACACAGAAUCUCAACGCCUGGGCAACUGCAACAGGAGGCGAGGCUUUAUCGCCAUCCCUCUGGUAGGCCGGUUGUAAACUAGUUGACCCCCAUGGAACCGGUAUGAAACCUAUUGAAUUGGUUGUUUAGCCUUGUAUCCUUACCAAUUGUUUUCUUCCUCUCUCACGUGCACUGGUUUAUUAUUGUUUUAUGAAUGUUGGGGCUGCUGGCAGGAACUAACAUGGCUUUUCACCCUGAAAUUUUACAGUGUUCCUUUUUAAACAUACUCUUGGGCAUUAUGACGUUUCCCUGCGUGGGAUCUAACUUCAGGGAGCUGCCCAUGGAAUUCAGUGUAUGAUAAGAGUAUUUUUUCAUAUUUAAGUAGGAAAAAUAAUGCUCCCAUUAAAUACAACUAGAUGAAUGCCUAAGGAAAAGGGAACACUGUGGUUAUAACUUGUAUUACAAAUCUUCUGUAAUUAACGGCAUCUUCAUUAGUUAAUAAAGUUGGUAUUUUUGUAACCUUGUUUACUCUUAUUAUUCUUAAUAAAGUAUUUUAUAAAAAAAA